CUGGGGUACAUAAGGCCACCAAGGCGUGCCCCCAUUGUCCCUUUUGGCAUUUUGGGAGCCCUGCAUUGUUUUUGAUCCGCUGCGCCCCUUCUGAACAUCGGCUAUGGCACCCAAAAAGGCAAAGAAGAGGUCGGCGGACGGAGCCAACUCCAACGUGUUCUCCAUGUUUGAGCAGGCGCAGAUCCAGGAGUUCAAGGAGGCCUUCACCAUCAUGGACCAGAACAGGGAUGGAUUCAUCGACAAGAAUGACCUGAGGGACACCUUCGCCGCUCUAGGUCGCCUCAACGUCAAGCAGGAAGAAAUCGAUGACAUGCUGAAAGAGGCCCCUGGGCCAGUCAACUUCACCGUCUUCCUCACCAUGUUCGGGGAGAAGCUGAAGGGUGCUGACCCGGAGGAGACCAUCCUCAAUGCCUUUAAAGUCUUUGAUCCAGAGGGGAAGGGAGUGCUGAGAAAGGACUAUGUGACAGAGAUGCUGACCACUCAAGCUGACAGAUUCUCCACAGAGGAGAUGGAGCAGAUGUGGUCAGCCUUCCCUCCAGACGUGGCCGGCAACCUGGACUACAAGAACUUGGUGCACAUCAUCACGCAUGGAGAGGAGAAGGACCAGGAAUAAGACUAGAUGACCUCUCUGCACACACCCAACUCUCCUCUCAUUCCCCCCACCCCUAGUCCACAUUAUUGUCCAAGCAUCCGACCCCAUCCCCAACGGCUAUGUCCUGUCUUACCACAAACAUACAUACAUGUACAGUACAUGACCUACAUUACUUGGGGGGGUCACAAUUCACUUUUUUUCUUUCUUUUUUUUUGCACAUUUUCGAUCCUUCUGGUGCUUUCAAAUAAUAGACAGUGGCAUAAAAUAAGAAACUCAAAAAUAAGUUUCUUCUUUUUUUUUCGUUGGCGGCUAUAAAAUGUCUGUGUGAAUAAUUUAUUGUAUAAGAAAGCAUUGUUGCACACUCUUGCAGUCUUUUUUUUUCAAUAAAUAGAAUCUGAAGUUUCA